AUGCGGGUGCGAUGCGGUGUGUAUGGCGAAGGGAGCGUGUUCUCCGUCGAGAUUGAGGGCACUGCGGAGGUCGAAGCGCUGCAGGAGGCUAUAUUCGACAAGCAACGGUACCACGAGCGCUUCUCGUUUCCGGCGAGCGCAUUGACGCUGUACUUGGCGAAGAAGGACGGCGCGUGGUUGAAGAGCGACGCCACACUCAAGCUUUUUCUGAAACAAGGACGACAAGAAGACAGUGAAUAUAUUUCACCAAUUGCUGAUGCAGAUAUCACUCUUCCAUGCUUUGAAGAACCCAUGAAGCGACGCAAGCUGGUGAAGAUGUUGCCGACAAUCAGCGAAGGGGGGGACAGCAGCGGCAUACGUGCCGCCAUCGAACGAUACUAUGAUAUCGCAAGCGUGCUGGGUCCUGACAUUGACAUGGCGCGUGCUGCGGCUAACCAAAUUGCUCGAACUAUUCCCGUGUUCAGUUAUUACACCUGA